AUGCGAUCUCAUCCUGCUGUACGCAGACGUUUACAUCUACGAACCUUUCAGAGCUCGCGAGAGCCAGCAGCGGAAGAGCCGUCCUCAGCAGGACUGCGCAAGGACCCGCUUAUAUCGGAGUGCAUGUCACCUGCGUGCGAUAGCACCGUAUAA